GAGGAGGAGGAGGAGAAAAAGACUGAACAGAAAAAGCAGUUGGUUCGGGAAAAGAAAGUGAAGCUACUGGAGGAGCGUCGCCAGAAAAAGAAGGGUCAGUUCCGGGAGGAGGAGGAGAAAAAGACUGAACAGAAAAAGCAAUUGGUUCAGGAAAAGAAAGUGAAGCUACUGGAGGAGCUUCGCCAGAAAGAGGAGGGUCAGUUUUGGGAGGAGGAGGAGGAGGAAGAGGAGGAGAAAGAGACUGAACAGAAAAAGCAGUUGGUUCUGGAAAAGAAAGUGAAGCUACUGGAGAAGCAUCGCCAGAAAAAGAAGGGUCAGUUCCGGGAGGAGAAAAAGACUAAACAGAAAAAGCAAUUGGUUCAGGAAAAGAAAGUGAAGCUACUGGAGGAGCUUCACCAGAAAGAGGAAGGUCAGUUUUGGGAGGAGGAGGAGGAAGAG